AGACUGUGUCUGAUUGCUCUAUUAACACUGGAAAAUAUCUAAUGAAACAAAGUCCAUACUCAAAGAUCGUUGCAAUGAGAAAUCUCUACCAAACAAUGUGCGCGGCGUAAUGUAUUUUCUGCAAUCUCCUACAUCGUUUUCGACUUUUAGCCAUUGAAGUUGUUUUCAAAUUCGAAACAAAUCUUCCGGCAGGAUUUUUCCUACACUUCCAGGGUUUUGGAGGAAAAAAAGUAGUUGUUCCCACCGCUAAUCUACGUUUAGGAGAUCUGGAUUUUUUUCUCCCUAAUUUUUUUUUCCCUUGUGUGAAGGGUUUCAGUGGAUUUGAAUAAAACGCUAUGUCGAAGCGAAAAUUUGGAUUCGAGGGUUUUGGUAUAAGUAAGCCAACCAGCUUCAAUUUCGAGGCAGCGACGACAAAGCGCAGGCUUUACAUACCCCCUUCUUCCAGAGGCGGCCCUCACGACAACUACGAAGAUCACGACGUCGACGAAAUUGAGUACGCGGAUUCAAGAGACGAGGGUCCGAGUCCUGCAGCUGCUCGCCACGAUGAUAAUGAGGAGCAGCAAGGAGGUGGAGGAGAAGAAGAGGAAAUUGAUCCUCUGGAUGCUUUCAUGGCUGGCAUACAUGAAGAAAUGAAGAGCGCCCCUGCGAAACCUAGGGCUAAGAUGGAGAAAUUUGAGGAGGACGAGGAUGAUCCGCUAGACAGCUUUCUGAAGAAGAAAAAGGACAUAGGAUUGACUCUUGCGGCCGAUGCGUUGCACGCCGGCUAUGAUUCCGAUGAGGAGGUUUAUGCUGCCGCCAAGGCGGUCGAUGCAGGACUCGUGGAGUAUGAUUCCGACGACAAUCCCAUUGUUACAAUUGAUAGGAAGAAGAUUGAACCCAUUCCUGCUCUCAAUCACGAGGAGAUCGAUUAUGAGCCAUUCAAUAAGGAUUUCUAUGAGGAAACUCCUUCCAUUUCAGGUAUGAGUGAGCAGGAUGUCACUGCAUAUAGGCAGAGUCUGGGAAUCAAAGUUUCAGGACUUGAUGUACUACGGCCAAUCAAGACAUUCGAAGAUUGUGGUUUUUCUUCCAUAUUGAUGAAUGCUAUUGCUAAACAAGGCUAUGAAAAACCAACUCCCAUACAGCGUCAAGCCUUGCCAGUUGCAUUAGCUGGUAGGGAUAUUGUGGGUAUUGCUAAGACUGGUUCUGGAAAGACUGCUGCAUUUGUGCUGCCAAUGAUUGUGCAUAUAAUGGAUCAGCCAGAAAUUGCUAAAGAAGAAGGGCCUAUUGGUGUUAUAUGUGCACCGACAAGAGAAUUGGCCCAGCAAAUAUAUAUGGAAACAAAAAAAUUUGCAAAACCACAUGGUAUUCGAGUUUCUGGAGUGUAUGGAGGCAUGUCAAAACUUGAACAAAUCAAAGAACUCAAGGCUGGUUGUGAGGUGGUAGUUGCUACCCCUGGGAGAUUGAUUGACUUGUUGAAGAUGAAGGCUUGUACAAUGCUUAGGGCAACUUAUCUGGUUCUUGAUGAAGCAGACAGGAUGUUUGAUCUUGGAUUUGAGCCUCAGAUAAGGUCCAUUGCGGGUCAAAUACGACCUGACCGCCAGACAUUGCUCUUUUCUGCAACUAUGCCUGGGAGAGUAGAACGUCUGGCAAGAGAAAUUCUGCAGGUUCCAGUAAGAAUCACUGUGGGAGAAAUAGGAAUGGCCAAUGAGGACAUCACACAAAUUGUCACUGUAAUCCCCUCUGAUGCAGAUAAGAUGCCAUGGCUUCUAAACAAACUUCCAGAGAUGAUUGAUAAUGGCGACGUUCUUGUUUUUGCUUCAAAAAAAGCCACAGUUGAAGAAGUUGAAUCUCAGUUGAUACAAAAUAGGUUCAAAGUUGCAUCUCUUCAUGGAGAUAAGGAUCAGGCUUCUCGAAUGGAGGUUCUGCAAAAGUUUAAAUCAGGAAUUUACCAUGUUCUUGUUGCAACUGACGUUGCAGCUCGUGGUCUUGAUAUUAAGUCAAUCAAAUCUGUUGUGAACUUUGAUAUAGCUAGAGAUAUGGAUAUGCAUGUUCAUCGCAUUGGAAGGACAGGGCGUGCAGGGGACAAAGAAGGCACAGCUUACACACUUGUUACUCAAAAAGAGGCACGCUUUGCUGGAGAACUAUUGGACAGUCUGGUUGCUGCUGGGCAAAAUGUCCCCGUGGAGCUUAUGGAUCUUGCAAUGAAGGAUAGUCGUUUCCGAGCGAAACGGGAGGCAAGAGGACGCUCUGGAGGGAAGAAGGGUAGUGGGCGAGGAGGGGGAAAAGGUGGAAGUAGCAGCAGUGGUGGCCCUGGUCGAAGUGUACGCGGUGUAGAUUUUGGCCUUGGCAUAGGUUAUAAUCCUGAAGCUGUAAACAGAUCAUCUCAAUCUGCAAUUCCUAAUCGUGGAGCUGCAGUAAAUGCUCUGAAGACAGGGAUGAUGGCACAGUUCCGAAGUAGUUUUGUUCCUGCAUCAUCUAAUUCUCAGGCAUCAAGCAGUGGUCAGUCAUUUAGUAUGGUAGGAAAUCAAAGGGCAGCAGCUGGUGGCUUUGUUUCAGGUGGUACAAUAGGUGGGGAAGCAACCAGGGGAUUUGAUGCACAGAAUAGAGGAUCAUCUAUUGGUUCUUUCCAAUCAUCUUAUAAAUCUGCUGGAACUUUAGGAGGAUUUGUUUCAGGUGGUUCAGUUGGUGGUUGUACACCUAAUGAACAAGUAAGUGGGAGCAGGACUCAGCAGGCUGACAAUUUGACAUAUGGUUUAGCUGCUGAUAGAGAGAAAGAAAGAGGCAAGGGAGGUGAAAGGGAAAGACAGCAGUCAAGAUGGGAUCACGAUCAUUUGAAGGAUUCCCAAGAUCAAAGAUCUCAAGAGCCCAAAGCAAAUGGAACCCCAAGCUCUGAAAGUGUUAAAGACAGACCUCGAGAACGGAGACGACCAUCUGGCUGGGAUCGUUGAUUUUUUAUUAAUAUAGUUAAUGAUCCUUUCUUGAUUCUCCAUUUUCCCUCUGGAUUUUUUAAAAGAAAGAGCUAACUUUCCAGGCCUGCUGAGUAGCAUCUUCAUUUGAUGUCAACUUCAAUAUAACUAGCAUUAGCAGAGUGAGAUAGAGGGCCGUAGUUGGAGUUGUUAAAACAAAUACAAGUAUGUUUAAGAUAUACGGUUUAUUUAAUUUUAACAUAAUCUAAAGCAAAUUCUCUAUGUAUACAAUAAUUCUUUAUUAUGCUAAAUUCUAACGUGAUAAGGCAAAAUACAAUAGUGCUCUAAAUGAAGAAAAAAAGUUAUGUAAGUUAAAGAUGUACAGUACAGUACAGUACAUGUUGAUUGGUUAUAUUAUCGCUUGGUAAAAUCUAGAGGAAGCAUUCUAACCUCUCUUUGUAAACUGGAGUACUCGAUGUAAAUCAAGAACAAAUGGGAACAUAAUAUCUAGGAAACAUUUAAAUGGAAGGAGACAAUCAUGAGAGUCGUGAUAUCAUUAGAAGGCAGAUCUGUGAAGCAUGUAUUGCACACUGUGGACUGCAGGCUGUGUACAUGACUUGUAAUUUUCUCUGUUUGCCUGCUAUUUUAGAUUAUCAGUGUCAUAGCUUUUGAGAAUGAUGGGUGUGGAGGUAUGAUACAAUUCGAAUCUGUUCUUUCUCAAUGGAAGGUAUGAUAAGAGUCCUUAUAAUCUGUUCUUUUGCGGAAGGAAAGCUUAAAAAAUUUCCCCAAUAGGUUUUAAAUGGCAAUUUGUUUGCAAAGCAUGUAACAUUUUAUUGGGUCCAAUGGCUAAUGAUAGAUGAAACACGAAGACUGUAGUGGAACGGAGAGUUUAUUGUGAGAGAAUAAAUUCAAGGCACUACAUGCACUA